UUAAAAUUCAAUCCAGUUUUGGUUUUCUCAGAAAUUAUCUCGACGCAGAAAAUUUAUUAAUUCGCAAUGGUGACCGUGGUGGACCUUAAGGUCGAUCGCAAUCUGUUGUGUCCCAAUUUCGAUGGCUACAAGCUCUCCUUUGAUUCGGUACCGAUGUUGCGCCAAAGCUUCCGUCACUACAAUGCUUUGAAAUACGAGCUGUACAAGAAUCACUAUUCGCUGCUGCACACCGAACUGUUUGCCAAGCACAAUUUGCUUACCGCCGAUCCCUGGGCCCGACGUAAUACCUAUUUCGUAAAUACAAACCAUGAGGUGGUCCAGUGCUCGUUUGACGAGAUACGCAGCGAUGCACGCAAGCCGCGCAUUGUUUACAAAAUGCAGUUCGAGGAUAACGGAGAUGGUUCUUAUCAACCUGGAGACUAUAAUUAUAGUAUGCGUUUCAUCUCUGAGAAGUAUUGUGUGCUGUGCGACGGCAGGCAAAGCUAUUUCCUGCUCGAGACGGGCGAUCGCAGACGACACACAGAAUGGCGUCUUGUGACCAAGUCGAAUAUAAUACCUUUCUCAGAAACCCGUGGAUUUGUGCUAUACGAUGCCAGGCUGGACAUUGUGCACGGGCGCAAGCAAGUCUCUAUGGUUGCCGGGCAUGUGACGCGCUCCAGGUCGAUGGACCGGCAUUUGAUGCUGCUGACUUGGUCAUACUGGAUGCUGCAAAAUUUGGAGAAGGAGGACAUCUGGUUUUAUGUGAAGCGCGAGCAGCUACAGACCGUAGGCUCUGUCUAUUAUUGUGCUUUUGAACCGCACUCUGAAUCCAUCAUAGUCUGUACCGAUGGUCAACUGAAAACUGCAGAAGAAGCUCGUGUGGAGACUCUACAGGAGCUGAACAAAUAUAGUUGCCCCCAAUACAAGUGGUCCCAGACAGAACGCGAUAUCGUCGUGAAAUUCGAUGUGCCAACAGGCACUAACCUCUGCAAUUACGAUUUAAAAUACUCCUACAGUCACAUCGCUUUCAAAUUGUACGAGCAGACGCUGCUGGAGGGCACACUCUAUGCGAGAGUCCAUGGUGACCUCACCAUCAUUCAGUUGGAUGAAAACGGACUGACGCUAAAGAUGAUCAAAGAGGAAGACUUUUUAUGGCCGCAACUAAUGCAGUGCGAGGAUGAGGAGGCGGAGCAGCCGCUCUUUGACGAGGAAAUCGGGGAUGUCGGGGAAAUCGAGGAAGAGGCAGAAUCUUCAGAAGCCGAGCCAGAACCUCUGCCCAUACCAAAUUUGGAGGAGCCUAUUGAGGAAUGCGACCUUGCCAUGGCCACAGACGAACCAGAGAUUCAAAUGGUUCGCUAUAAACUGCACGAAUCAGCAAUUACACACAAAGUUUCCUUGGGGAAUAUACCGCCGCUCUUCACCACCUCGCUGCGUGCUGGCUUUCCUCCGGCGUUCGCCACACGCGAAGGCGUGGACGCCUCCCUAUGGCUGCAGUCCUACCAGCCAGUCAAUCCGUCAGAUUGGAAGGUCCGUCACGAAGGCAAUUUACAUGCCUUUGGCUAUGUGCUGGCCUCCAAGCAGCAGCGUAAAUUCAUUGACUGCUGUCCGGACCUAGAAUAUGCAGUAAUUGCGGAGACCCGCCGCCAUGUGUUCAUCUAUAAGCCGCGUAACGAUUCCGCCGAUGGAUUGCGCAAUCGCAACGGGGCGCAGGUGAUCGUUGGCAAGCAACAUUUAGUUACCUUGAACGAUGAUUUCGGUGAUAUACUAGGCAUGGCGACUGCCCCGAAUCUGAUUACUUUGCUCACCGCGAAAGCUGUACUCUUUCUCUCGGUCUAACAUAAACAAA